ACUGUUGUCCCAUAUAAUUCGUUAUAAUAAAAUUCCUUCAAAGUUUCUUCCUUAUUUGGUAUACCGGAAAAAGUUCUUCCUUUUUUUCCCUCCCUCUCCUUUCUCCUUUUCACUUUCCUCAUCCCUCCCAAAAAAGCUCUUCUUUGCUAAUUCUCUGGCAUUUAAUUUCAGUUCGUAAAUUAGAAUCGUCAAGAUUAAUUAACGUUCAAAGGGAGAAAUUGGAGAAAUUAAAUUAAGUGCAGUUAGAACAUACGUAUUUGAUGUGGCCAUAUCAAUGCCUGAUGUUUUGAUGAAAUCCUCCAGCGAUUUAACACAAUGUUUGGUAAUUACAAAUCGCAGCUUAUUGGAGGACAGAAAGAAAAGUUUGUAAGGUUGGAGGACGCUAACUCAGACUUAUCAUUUAAGUCCGAUAUGGCUGGAAGGACAAAGUAUGGCUUUAAUAUAGAGGGAAUGAAUACUGGUGGGCGUCCAAACAACCCAUCCAAGUCAAUAAAACUAGGAGUAAAAAGAGGAUCUGAGGGACUAGUGACAUUUGGCCGAACACUGAAAUCUGGAGUUACCCGAGCAGUUUUUCCAGAAGAUCUCAGAGUAUCAGAUAGAAGGAUAUUUGAUCCCCAAGACAAGUCUCUCCUGUUCUGGAAUAGGCUAUUGGUCAUAUCAUGUAUUUUUGGAGUAUCUAUUGAUCCUCUAUUUCUCUACCUUCCGGUCUUUCAGAGUGAAGGGAAGUGUCUCCACAUAGAUGAAAGUUUAGCAAACAUAGUAAUGUAUAUGCGGACAGCAAUUGAUGUCUUUUACCUUAUCCGCAUGGUUCUCCAAUUUCGAACAGCUUAUAUUGCUCCCUCUUCCCGUGUUUUUGGGCGAGGCGAACUUGUAAUAGAUCCCAAACAAAUAGCAACCAGAUAUGUCCAGCGUUAUUUUAUAGUGGAUCUUCUUUCCGUUCUUCCUUUACCGCAGAUUGUAGUAGGGACAUAUCUUCGUGGAUCAAAAGGUUCAGAUGUAUUGGAGACAAAGACAGCAUUAGAGAUCAUCAUCCUCCUCCAAUAUAUUCCUAGAUUUUUGCGAUUUGUUCCUUUAAGUUCGGAUUUGAAAAAGACUGCAGGGGUGUUUGCAGAAACUGCUUGGGCUGGUGCUGCUUAUUAUCUGUUGUGGUUUGUGCUGGCUAGUCAUAUAUUUGGGGCCUUCUGGUACCUGUUAUCUGUCGAACGCAAAGAUACAUGUUGGAAUCAAGCAUGUAGAGACAAUGAUCAGUGCAAGGAACAAAUAUCUUAUCUGUAUUGUUCACGUGAUCAAGGAAACUUUAAUUUGACAGAAUGGCAAGAUAUUGGUAAGAGUGUUCUUGACGAAAAUUGUGCUGAGGAGGAGAAGUUUAAGUAUGGAAUAUAUGCAAGAGCUGUAACAACUGGUGUUCUUGACACUGAGGAUUUCGUCGUCAAAUACUGUUUUUGUUUAUGGUGGGGCUUGCAGAAUUUGAGCACACUUGGUCAGGGGCUUGAAACAAGUACGUAUACACUGGAAAAUGUCUUUUCAAUAAUAUUGGCCAUUUCCGGACUCCUACUAUUUGCUCUUCUCAUCGGAAACAUGCAGACCUAUCUUCAGUCCCUGACGGUACGGCUUGAGGAGAUGAGGGUCAAAAGGCGUGACUCAGAGCAGUGGAUGCAUCACAGAGUACUUCCUCCUGAACUAAGGGAGAGAGUUCGACGUUACGAUCAGUACAAAUGGGUGGAAACCAGAGGAGUAGAUGAAGAGAGUUUGGUGCAAAAUCUGCCCAAAGACCUUAGGAGGGAUAUUAAGCGGCAUCUCUGUCUGAAUUUGGUCAGAAGGGUGCCCUUGUUUGAGAACAUGGAUGAGAGGAUGCUUGAUGCUAUCUGUGAGCGAUUGAAACCAAGUUUAUGCACAGAAAAUACCUACAUAGUUAGAGAAGGAGAUCCGGUUGGUGAAAUGAUGUUUAUAAUUCGUGGUCGCCUAGAAAGUGUAACAACUGAUGGUGGGAGAAGUGGGUUCUUCAACAGAGGUAUCCUGAAAGAAAAUGACUUCUGUGGUGAAGAACUGCUAACAUGGGCAUUGGAUCCAAAAUCUGGUUCAAACUUGCCACCAUCCACUAGGACAGUCAAGGCUUUGACAGAAGUAGAGGCAUUUGCCUUAGAGGCAGAAGAAGUGAAGUACAUUGCAUCACAGUUUAGGCGGUUGCAGAGUCGACAGGUACAACACACUUUUAGGUUUUACUCGCAGCAAUGGAGAACAUGGGCUGCCAGCUUUAUACAAGCUGCAUGGCGCCGGCAUAUGAGGAGGAAAGUUGCAGAACUUCGUUACAAUGAAGAAAUGGAAGAGGACGGCUUUAAUGAGAACGAUGAUGGAGAAACUGAGUUCACUCCAAUGUUGCAGCGACCACGUACUUAAACCUAAAUAAUAUAUUAGGUUAAAAAAUCCAUUUUUGCUGCUACUCCUAUGUAUGGAGUUCACAGGCUUCAGAACUCGAGUUCUAGAGGCUUUUUAGCCUGGCUUUAGUGUCCAUAAUCCAGACUAAGUGAAGAAACGCUUUUUGUUUUGAGUGAUUGAAUUUUAAAUAUGAGAGUUGUUUUUGGAUUGUUAUAAGAGAUGUAGCUUUGUAUAUUCAAUGUGUCUAAAUUUUGUAAAAAACAGUUAAUACAACAAAAGUAUAUUAUUUUCUAGUCCAAACGGGAAUGUAAAUAUAUUCCCCAUGGAAAAGGCAAUUGUAAUUUCAUUCAUGAUGCACUGUGUAUAUAUAGCACUAGAAAUGUUUAUGCUCGCUCGAUGUACACAAUAAGUAGACCAUCUGUAUCAGAUAUCUAUAGUAACUAACUUUCCAUCCUUCCUAAUUGCAAGGAUUGUCUUUGC